AUGGGGUUAGUGGGAUCAAAUAGCCAAUCAAUGAUAAGACUGAAUUCUAUUCAAAAUUCAAAGCAUUAUUAGGCUUAGAGCACAUCAAAAUUUUUUGAAAAAGCAAGUGAGAUUAAUUAAAAAGGAUUCCAUAAAAUGCUUAACAACAUUGAUUCUUAUUCUCAAUGCUAUUCAUUGCAUGAUAUUUAGCAGAGAAUAGUCAAGUGUUUUUCCUAGAAAGCUUUUCUCAAUCCUUUGAAACCUCCAAAAACUGCAAAUAAAUUUUACAAUUAAGAAAUCAAAGAACAGAGCACAAUGAGACCAAAUACAUCUCUUUAGCUCGUAAACAGUCAUUCAAGAUAAAUGCUAAGAACCACAUCUAAUUAAAAAAGACUAAGUAGUUCUCCUAUUUAAAAUUUUAUACCAGAUGAAGUAGUACAAAAAUUGCAAAUAGAAUAGAGAAUUCAUGAGAGAAAUUUGAUUGGAUCAUCUCCAUCAAAAGAAAGCUAAGAAUAAAUUGAAGAAAGAAGAGCAUAAAAACAUUUCCUGGAAAGCAGAACUCUUGAUCAAGAGAAGGAUGAUGAUUUAAGAGAAAGACUGCGCAAAUAAAGGAUAAUAAACAGAGUUGAUUUAACUUAAAUAUCUGUUCCUGAAGCUUUAAAAAUAUUGGCAGAAAAGCGAGCAAAUUUACUUGAUGAUAAAACCAAAUAAUUUUCAUUAGAGCUCGAAAGAAUGAUAUAAAGUAUUGAUGAAGCUCACCUCAUCUAAUACUUGAGAGAGGAGAUGGCUAAGAAGGAAAACGAAGAAGUGCAAAAUGGUAAGUCAAACAAAAAAGCUUAGAUAGUAAAUCAAGAAAUCAAAGACCUUUAAGAACAAAAUAACAGGAUACAGUUUGAUUUAACCAAAGAAGAUUUUAGAGACCUUAGAGGUAAGGUUAACUUUGUAACAGAAAACGACAUCUUUGAUGAUAAAUUUAAUAAGGCCCUAAGAGAAAGAAAGAAAAUUCUUAAGGAACCAUGGGAAAAAGUCAGAGCUGUAUUCAAAGAAAAAAAUCUAAUUAAGGAGAAAAACUUUCUCUUAGAAAACGUUCUAAUGAAGAAAUUAAAAAAACGAUUCAAAAAUAAGAUCCUUGAAUGUGCAAAAUAGUUGACUGAUAUGAAAAUGGAUUUAAAGUAAUUCAUAAGUGAUAACGUAAUGCCAACUGAGCCAUAUGAGAGACCUGGCUCCUAAAAAUUCAUUAAUGCAGCUAAAAGUGGGGAUUAUGAGGCAGUCCAAUAGAUGAUAUAAUCCAAUAAGUACUUUGUUUACGACUUUGAUCACAUAAAUUAAACUGCUCUUCAUUGGGCUGCAAAAAGAAAUCAUAAGGAUAUAGUAAAUUUACUCAUUUAAAAUGGGGCAAAUGUAAAUCAUGUGGAUAUGGUAAUUAUAAUUAUUUUGAUUUUUUUAAAGGGAGGUAGAACUGCCUUAUAUUUAGCGACUAAAGAGAGUAAUUUCGCCUGCGUUAAAUUACUAUUGGCUGCAAGUGCAGUUCCAUUGCAUAAAACUAAUUCAAAUAAAACAGCUUUUGAUGUAGUUAAAGAAUCAAUGAUUGAAAGAUAUCUAACUAAGGCUUAGCUAUUAUAUAUUUGCUUAAAACUGAUCCCACCAAAAAAGAGGGCUUAGGUCUGGGAAAAAGAAGGGCUUUAUUACUUUAAGUCUGAUGUUGAUAAGCUAGAUGAGGAAGAUGGCUGA